AAUUGUUGAAUUUCAGUGUUCAUUUAUUUACACAUACACAUAACACUCAUCUACUCAUUGUUGAGUUAAGGGUUGAAUUGUCCAUACUUGUUCUAUUCUCUGUCACUAUUUUUCUAACCAUGCUGAACACCCUCUCUGAUGAUGCAUUGCUGUGUGGCAUGCACAAAAGUGCUUUCAUCAAAUGCACUAGAGUCUAGAAUCUUCCAUCUCUCCCUAGUAUGUACAGUAGAUUGCAGUAUUGUCCUGUUUAAGAGUGUCACAACAUUGCUGUUUACGGCAGACGAACUGCUUUACGGUAGACAAAAACGUGACUGCAGUUGUUGUGUGUUGUUACCGUGCUUGGAGGACGUUAAUGAAACUGCCUAACAAUAAACCGACAUAAGAAACCAACAACUCGCCCUUGAUCAUUCUACAGUUGUAAUGUAAAUGGAGCUAGACACGCUGUUUUUAUAUUGUGGGAAAGCGGAUGUGAAAACAGGCAGUCCUCACUCAGGUCCGCAUGGAGCUGGAGGGGGCGUGGCCUCCAGCUCCGCCUGAAUUUCUGGAGAUUUUCGGGAGAAAAUUUGUCCCGGGAGGUUUUCGAGAGAGGCGCUGAAUUUCGGGAGUCUCCCGGAAAAUCCGGGAGGGUUGGCAAGUAUGGUGUGUUCAUACAUGAAACAUUUUGCAUUACUCAUCACAUUAAUCCCAGUGGAACCUCUGUUUUUUACGAACUUAAUUUUUUCUUGAGCGGGUUUCUUAAAUACGAAGGUUUGUAUAGUAAAGCCAAAUUCUCCAUAAGAAACAAUGCAAACACAAUAUGAAGUGCUAAACAGUACUGUACUGUAUAGCAAACAAACAUAAUCAACUUUCCCGUUUAUUAACAAGCUGAACAGUGCUGUAUGUGCUGCUCUGCCAACAUGCGCACACACAGAAGUCAUGUUGAUGCCCUCACAAACGAUCAGAAAUCACAAAAAAAAUGAACUUUAACAACCAUACUGCCACAAUAAUAUACAUUUUAAAAAAAGUAAAAUCCAACAAUAUUAACAUUGGUAAGGAGUUAAAGAGACAGAGAGAGAAGAAAGUAGGGCGGCGGGUUUGUGUGUGGGCUCUUAGUAUUUAGAUAUAAGUCCGCAGUGCGAAGCUUGCUUCGUCAAUUCUUCCAUACUUGCGAGCGCCAUUAAUGUACUCUUCGCAAAAUGUUUUAUUUUUAUUACACAGUGAUUCCUUCCUUCUUUUCACGCUCGUCUGUCGAGUUUUUAAGACUCAUAUUUACUUGACAAAAAAAACAAAACUUGUCAGAAACGCAAAAAAAACACAGGGAAAAAAAGCACACAAGGUGAAGUGUCGAGACUGACUAGUAAAUUAGUCAACGUGCAGCAAGUGACUUAAAUGUUGCGCCCUGCUUUUUGCUUGCAGCCGGAAGAAAAUAAAUAAAUAAAUAAAUAAAUAAAGCGUUCGCACACAAAGGCACAUUUUGUUUGGUCUAAAAGUUUGUAAAUUGAAAAGUUUCCAAAUUGAGGGGUUCCUAAAUUAAGGUUCCACUGUAGGUGAGACAAUAUUUGAAAACUCUUAUCUAUUUCGAUUAUCUUAAUGAGACUAUAAGAUUAUCUAUAAUGGACGCUUAAUUUGCGAAUGUAAUGAAAAAAGGCACCAAAAUGGAUGAUAUGAUCCCACUCCAUAUUACUCGUGUUUACCGUUCGCCUCCCGGUAACAGUUCGAGACGCUACCUCAGUAGAAGCAUUUAAGUAUCACCUUAAAACUCAUUUGUAUACUCUAGCCUUUAAAUAGACUCCCUUUUUAGAACAGUUGAUCUGCCGUUUAAUUUCUUUUUCUCCUAUGUCCCACUCUCCCUUGUGGAAGGGGUCCGGUCCGGUGGCCAUAGAUGAAGUACUGGCUGUCCAGAGUCGGGACCCAGGAUGGACCGCAUAUGUGGUCCUCUCCAAGGUUUCUCAUAGUCAUCAUCGUCAACGACGUCCCACUGGGUCAAACCUUAGCUUUACAGAUGCCACGCCACCUCUGCAGGCAAAGACAUCUACUGCGGUCAAGCCUUUGCCCAAAUUACAUGCAUCUUGUCGUGAAAGGUAUAUGCCAUUUGCAAAAACAACCGCCAGAAACACCUGCCCAUCACCCGGCAGUACAUAAAGAUGCCCGACAUCAUGUGAAGUCUCUGGUCAAAGGUGGAGUCAGAUGUGUCGACCUCAAAACAAAAUUGAGAAGAAGUGUUAGGAUGAGCAAGACGCAGUGCAAACGUGAACAACAAUUUGAGUCCAUCAACUUUCGAAAAACAUAAAAACCUUUGGAAGUACUAUUUAGAGGCCCUCCAGCAUCCUCCAUGUUUUAUUUAACAUGCGCUUCUGGCACUGAUCAGUUCUGCAUUCCUCUUUUAACCUGAAAUGCUGAAAUGACUGUCCAGGAUUCCUGCAUUACCACAAAAGAGACUUUAGAUACAACAUGCAGGUCCAGCAGAUGAAGAAGUGGGUCCAGUCAUGCAUAGAUCGUCCAAAGGACAAGCUGUCCAGUCCUGAGUCGAGAUAUUUUGGGCCCAUCCCGAAAUUGGCGGUCAAGAAACCUACGCUGUGGAGCGCUUUUUCCACUCAAACCCGUCUUGGAGCGUCCAAAGUCCUUACAUGAGUCCCACAGCCUCCCAGGCCAGCUGGGGUCUGGUGGGAGGCAACGAGGGAGACCUGGUUAUGAAUUUGGCCUUUCUGUGCGAGUACAACGCCCUGCCUGAUAUUGGACACGCUAGCGGGCACAACCUGAUCGCUGAGGUGGGAGCUGCUGCCGGAUGGGGUCUGAAAGCCGCUCUGGAACUUCUUCUCUGAGUGAAGGUGACCAUCCUGGGAACUUCAUCAGAGGAAGACCAUGGACGAAAGAUCCAGCUGCUGGAGGCGGGAAGCCUUUGAAGACAUCCACCUGUUCUUCAACGCCCAUCCUGCUGUGGAGGACGUGGCGUUCUCCUCUAGUCUGACAGUCACCCAACAAGUUGCUGUGUUCUAUUUGCACACUUUAUUGUCAUUCUUCAUUCACUGCGAGCCUGACAUCUUUUUUUUUUCUUCAAACCGAGGAUGUUGGUAAAGUACCACAGGAAAGCUAGUCAGGCUUCCGCCUUUCCAUGGAUGGGCGUGAAUGCCUUGGACGCCGCCAUGCAGGCUUACAGCAAUCUCACCGUGCUGAGGCCUCAGCUCGAGCCCAGAAGCACCUUCCAAGGCAUCAUCAAACACGGAGGGGUAAAGGCCAACAUCACCCCUGACUACUCAGAGCUACAAUAUUGUCUACUUGCUCCCACGUUUAAGGAGGUUGUUGAGCUGAAGGCCAAAGUGGAGGCUUUCCUCCGGGCUGCUGCCAUGGCGAGCAGCUGUGAACUGGCGAUAAGUUACCCAGGCAACACCUAUUUGAACAUCGUGCCCAACGCCACACUGGCAAAGCUCUAUGAAGAUAACGGAACAGCCUUAGGGAUCCAGUUCACCAAAAAUCCCACCAAAUUCGCUGCUUCCACAGACUUUGGCAACGUGUCAUACGAGAUCCCUGGUAUCCAUCCCAUUUUCUCCAUCGCCACGGACGUGUUUAACCACACUGAGGCAUUUGCAGAGGCGGCAGCAUCUCCUCCUCCUCCUCCUUGCUGUGCCAGACUCCGAAGACGCCCAGAUGCACACCCUGAGGGUCGCCAAGGCUCUGGCGAUGACAGCUGUGGAUGUUCUCUGCAGCCCACGUUUGCUGAGGCAAGUGAAUGACGACUUUGCUCAGGCAGGCAUCAAAUGACUUGUAUGCUGUAGUUUGUAGUUGAAUAUCCCAGUGGAUUCGUUGACUUAAUUGGUUUGCAAAACAUUGUUUCUCUUCCGCAAAUAAUGUAGCCUUUGUCAUUAUGGAUGGCUGUCACGUAUCUGUGACCAGCAGAAUAAUUUAGUCCUCUUCCACUAGAUGGUGGAAGGCUUAUAAUUAGCGUGUGUAUCAAAGUGCUUUGUGUACAUUUUCAAUUACAUUAAAAGGUAGGCAAACACUGCACUAUGGAAUUGAAUACUAAAAUAUUAAAAUAAUUUUUGUACUACA